GUGGCGCGCGCGUUCUCCGAGUACGAUGGCAAUGCGAUCGAUUUUGGCUGACUGAGAGCGAAUUCACGGGCACGGGCGAGCUGAAAAAUGUCGGCGGACAAUAUUACGUGUUUUGGCGCGCGGUGCAGCAUGAACCAUGAUUGAGAUGGAGGAGACGAGCCCCAGCCGGGGCUACUUCCAAUUGGGCGGUAAGACGCGGGGUAACGUGCACGAGUCGCCCGUGGACCACUGCAAUUUUAUAUAUACGGCACUGAUGCUGGCUGGAGUCGGAUUCUUGCUGCCCUACAACAGCUUCAUCAUCGCCGUCGACUACUUCCAGACCAGGUUCCCUGGCUCGACCAUCGUCUUCGACAUGUCCCUCGUUUAUAUCCUGACAGCCUUCGUGGCCGUGCUGCUCAACAACCUGCUGGUCGAGACGCUGUCACUCAACACCAGAAUCAAUUUCGGCUACGCCGUCUCCUUCAUCACGCUGCUCUUCGUGGCUACCUGCGAAAUCUGGUGGAACAUCUUUGGCCCGGAGCUCGCUUACAAAGCGAACCUGAUCGCGGUUGCUGUCGUCGCCCUGGGCUGCACAGUCCAGCAAAGCAGCUUCUACGGCUACACCAGUAUGUUGCCAAGUAGAUACACGCAGGCUGUUAUGACCGGAGAAAGUGCGGCUGGUUUUUUGGUAUCAGCAAACCGGAUUGUUACUAAGCUGGUUUUUGACGACCAGCGCGCCAACACGACGCUCUUCUUCGGUCUGUCACUGCUGACAGUGACCGUGUGCUCGGCCCUGCACUCAAUUGUGCGCGAGUCCGACUUUGUCAACUAUUAUAUCGCGCUGUGCGACGCUAGUGCCAGCAACAAUCGCAUCGUGCUCGAGCCUGCUGAGGACAUGGGCUUGAUGGAGCCGCACGAGCAGCCUGGUGGGCAGUUCGGCGUUCUGAAGCUGCAAAGUCCACCUCCGUUGGUCGACUACCCUGCCGAGUCAGGCUUCAGCUUUUCUAAUCCUGUCUACGAACCAAAUGCCCCAAUGAGAAUUUCGGAGGAAGACGGUGGGACGGAGCAGACGUCAGGUCCAACCUUCAAGGUGGAGGACGUGGUGGUGCGUCUCGGCAGCACGCACGCCGGCGCCUACAAACCGCACCGGCGCUUCGGCGGACUACGCAAGGGACUGGAGGACCGAUUGAAGGUGGCCCGGCUCGUGUGGCCGUACAUGUUGUCCAUCGGGCUUGCCUACUUUGUCACGCUCUGCCUCUACCCGGGCAUCGAGGCUGAAAUCACCAGCUGCAACUUUGGCUCGUGGAUGCCCGUGCUCAUCAUGGCUGUGUUCAACGGCGCCGACCUCCUUGGAAAGAUUUUGGCGUCAGUGCCGUGGCAGUGGUCGCGUGGCGAGCUGCUCGGGUGCGCCGGCCUGCGCUUCCUCCUGAUCCCGCUGCUGUUGUUGUGCGCGGCGCCGCGGCACGCACCUCUUAUCCCUGGAGACGGGCUGCCCAUAUUCUUCUCGGGCCUGCUCGGACUGACCAACGGCGUCAUCGGCAGCGUGCCCAUGAUCCAAGCGCCGAGCAAGGUGCCGGAAGAGUUCAAAGAGCUCACAGGAAACAUAAUGACGCUGUCUUACAAUCUGGGCCUGGCGCUUGGUUCGUCGGUGGCUUACCUGCUGGACGAGCUGCUGGGCCCCCCGGUGGCGGGCCUGUGCGCCGGCGGGCCGCUGCCCACGCUGCUGCGCACGCUGCCGACGACGGUCCUGCCGACAACCACCACCGCCGCAGCCAUCGUCGCCACCGCCACCAGCACCACGAGCGCGGCCACGACUCUGCUGACGACGCUGGUAGCGUCGACGCUGGCGCCGACCGCCUCGUCGCUCAUUGCGUCCGCGGCGCCGCUCAACGCAACCGCCGCCUCCCUUUCCGAUUGAUCUCUCGUCUUUGAAAAAUUUGUCAAAUUCCACGGCUGAUUUGAUGCAAUGGAAUUUUUUAGCAUUUAUUUUUCUUUUCAAAUAUAUAACGAAUUAAGAAAGAGGCUUUUUGGUGCCAAAUUAUUUGCCUAUAUUUCAAUUUGAAUGCCGCGUCAGUGUUUUUAAUAGAUGAAAUUCUUUUUUAAAUUAAAAAUUUCGACAGAUUUGAUGAUGGACGUGUCUGAUAUUGCCGUGGAACAAGAACAAGGACGAAAAAUGUGCAAUACACAUUGCAUUUUAUAAUGUAACAUAUUUAAAAUUAGGAGAGAAGUCUCGUUGAGAAGUUGAAGAGAGCUUUUAUAGCAGUCGACAGAUAGCUUUUCAUUUAUUCCCACUCGAUAAAAGCGUUUGUACCGAAGCUGGCGUGUAAGACAUUGAAGAUUUGCAAUCGACUUUCAUAGACUGCUUUUGCAUGAAACGCAAUCAUGACAGAAGAGAGGCAGCUGACAUAAACUGAUAUUAUUAAAAUGCAGUGGAACAAGAAGCAGCAGCAUAUAUAUAAAUACAUAUUUAUGUUUGUUGAUGAGUUUUAAAUAUAAUGUGUGAUUUGCAGGGCAUAUCUCAAGGUCAGCGUGACUAAAUGUGUAAUUUUCAUUUACAUUCAGUGU